AUGAAUAUUCCUGUAUCACUUACUUUUGAUACGAUUUAUUUCGAAGCAAUUAAUGAAUCGUUUAUGAUUUCUUAUCUUGAUAUGAUGACAAAAGAACAAAUUUCAUUAAUACCUUAUCAAUAUUACGUUUUAGAAGGUGUAUGGUUAGGAUGGAUAAGAAAUCAAGUAUUUUCAGAUAUUCGAUAUAUUUCUAUGAAGAUUCUUCUUAAAAGCAAACAAUGGAAUAUGGUCGAUGUUGAAAAACUUCUUCUAUGUUCGAUCAUUCCUCGAACAUCUCAAGGAUGGCUUUAUUGUGAACGACAACCAUUGAUUCUAACCAAAGACAAGAUAUGUUUUCAACGAGUUGAUGGUAUUUCAGUUGAUACGACUACUGGUGAAAUAUAUUUUCUCUUUCAACCGGCUUUGAAUCCAAAUGAUGGUUUAUUUGAUGAAAGAGAUGUUGCAGAAGUUCUUCAAAAUGAUUUAACGUAUACAUAUUUUUCAUUGGAACAACCCGAUGGAGAUUUACUUUAUCAUCCAUUUCAAGAAAUGAAAUAUAAACCAAAAACAUUAUUAAAUACACGUUAUCUAGAUACGAUGUUACAUGCGGAUUAUUUACUCAAAAUGUUUACGACAGGUGUUGAAGUUUGUGCUAAGAUACCUUUUACUAUACGUUCUAUUGACGAAGGAUUUUUUCAACGAUUACCAGAACAUCUACGACAAAAAUUACGUCCUUUGCAUGAAAUGCGAAAUGAUCAUAAGGAUAAAAAACAUAGAACCCAUCGAUUUUGGAUUCAAGCAGAUGAUACAACUUAUGAAAUAAAGCAAGUUCAAAAUAAUUCAAAUCAAUUUUCUAUGAGAGUAGGGAAUGUUCGAUUACGUGUUCGGAAACGUCGAUUAAUUGCCAAUAAUAAAGGUAUAUUGAUUGAUGAUGAUGAUGAAAAUUUAGAUGAACAUGAUUCACCAGAAAGUCAAUUUGCUCGAGCUUUUACGGAAAAUUAUGAUGAAAUUGGAAAAUAUUUUCCUGAACUUCUUCGAUUAAAAGAACUUGUUAAACUUGGAAUUAUACUCAGUUUUAUACGUGAUGCAUAUGAAAUACUAGCACGACCUGUUUCAAUAAAUUCAAUAGCGACGUACUUAGCAGACUGGCGUCGUCGCAUUAAAUAUCCUUGUGCAACUCAUGCAAAUGAGUCCACAGAAUAUCAGGAUUGCCUAACGUGGAAUAUGGUUGAUGCAAGAGAUGUGUCAUCGGCUGAAGAGCAGAGAGUAAAAAACGAAAUUUAUCAAUACCUUGAGAGUAUAGAUCAGGAAACUGUUGAUAAAUACACAAACUACAUUUGUGAGAAGUAUCAUUCAAGUGAUAGAUACACUGCUCGAUCAUAUGUCAAACAAUGGCUUGAAAGCAAGGAAAAUGAUUCUCUGACUAAUUUUAUUGCUAAUUCAAUGAACAAUUACAAUAAAAGACUUCUUAAACCUAUUGAAAAAAUGAAGAUUAAACUUAAUGACAAUGAAAAUGUAUCAUCGACAGAGGUCAAUGCAACUAAAUUUUGUCAUUGGGUUCCUGCAGUUUUUCAUAGAACAAGCAAUUCUUCACGCGUCUAUGGUGGUUUACAAUUAUCUAUCGAUAUUCGUUCAGGUGUUGUACCACUUAUCCCUGGAGUAUGCCGAUAUAAUGCUCUUACACUUCUUCAAAACGUACCAAAGAAGAUCAUAAUUCCUGAAGAGAAACACCCAUCGACAAAAGAUUUCAACAAAACAUCAUCAUUGCUUAAAGAUACAAAUUCAAGUACAAAUAAUAUUUCUAACCGCACGUAUCCACCAAAAUCCUCAGAAACACACAAUAAUACAACUAAACUUUCUGAAGCAAAGCAAACCUUCGAAAAAACUGAUUCAACGUCUACUUCCACUGAAAUGCCAAUGGAUUUCACCAAUUUCCAUCUAUUAGAAACUGUUAAGAGUUUAUUACGAGAUUAUAUUCCAGAAAACCUACCGGAACCAUCUCCACUUAUACAAUAUCUUAAAGAAAAAUAUCCUGGUAAUAUUCUAAAUCAAAUUGAUACUAUUGAAAAUGCUCAAUCUAAUGUACUCAUACAUACUGCACAAGAGAACUCAACAAUUAAAAAUAAUACACAAGUUGUUCAAGAAGUUGCUCCAAUUUUGCCCGGUCAGAUUCCAAAUUUGACCAAAUCUCAAUUUUGCCCCCAACAGAUAUGUAAUAUCAUUAAUAUCGAUCAAGUGAUUAUGAAUAUAGCAUUUAUUUAUCAUUUAAAUCCAAAUUUAAACUGGACAGAUCUUCAAACAAUGUUUCUUGAGAAAAACAUGUUUCUUGCAGUUAUGAUAUGUUAUAAAGUAAGAACAAUUUUAUAUUCAAAUUCAAAUCUUAAUAUACAAUGGAUUGAAAAUGGUCUGUAUGAUAAUGAACCAAUUGCAUAUGAAUUGAAACGAUUAUUAACAGGAAAAAAUUGGCAACAACUUGCUGAACAAUCGAUUAAAGAAGAUCAAUCACAAUUAGCUAUGAAUUAUAUUUGUCUUUGUCUUGAUACAAGUUUUCCACAGCGAAAGAUUGUUGAAUCUGUACUAAAAUUUGCAAAAAAUUUUUUAUCAUCGAAGGAAAAACUUCAAUGUAUAUUAACUACUUAUAAGAAGAUAAAAAAUGAUAUAAAUUGUUUAAUUAUUACAAUUGAAUUCUUAGUUGAAUAUUGUCAAACAAAUGAAUUAACAUUUAAUAUUCUUGCUCGAGGAAUUCAAUCCAUUCAGAAGUCAGAAUAUCCUUCUUCAUUAUAUAUACAUUUACUAAAUGAAUUAAGUAAAUAUGAAGAAUUUUUUCAAAUUUAUGAUGCAUGUCUUCAUCACAUAGCUCAUAUGAAAAAUCUACAAAAUCUUAUUAAAAAUCAUCCAAAUCGUGUUCGAACUUUUGUACGGCAACAACUUAAAUCUAUCAUACAUGAACCUAUCUUGUCAUUAGCUAAAAUAUUAAUUAAUAUUAAUAACGUUGAUGUCAUCGAAGAAAUCCUUUCGGAACAUUUCAAUGAACGAAUAAUUGCUAAUGCAUGUGAUGAAUUUCGUGCUAAAAUGUGGUUAAUUACUGGUAUUCGUGAUAAACUUCAAAAUCAAUAUGUCAAUGCUGUUGGUAGUUUUCAUACAGCAAUGAUAUGUUAUCCUUCAAAUGAUACAAAUAUAGCUUUAUGUAUACUUCUUCAAGAUUCCGAUUUUAUUUCAGCUCUUCUUGCAGAAUUACUUUUGAAUUUAAAUGAUAUGAAUAUAGAUAAAUUAGGUGGAUUCGCAUGUGAUAUUGAACCACCACCAAUAAUAUUAAAUAACGAUAAUUGUUUAAAACCAAGUAAUCAUUUAUCUUUCAUACGUCAAUAUGAACAAGCAAUUUUAAAUCAACGAAGUCGAUUUUCUAUAAAAAAUGCACUUUCAUAUAUUGAUAUGUGUGAUGCAACACAUAAUUCUACUAUUAUUAUCUCAAAUUUACUCUUAGCUGGUAUUUAUUUCUAUAAUAUACUUUUACAAAAUCGUCAAUCUCCAGCACUUGUCUAUGCAUAUCGUCAAUCAAUUGAAUUACUUUGUAAUAUGACAUAUAAUCUUGCAAUUCAUAAUCUAUCACCAUCAAUGCAACAUUAUGCAUGUCGUAUAAUGAUUAGUUUAUUAUGUCGAGCAACAUCUAUCUUUCGUGUUAUAGUUUUACAAUCGUCAACAAAUAAAAAUUUAAUUAUUCAAGAAAAAAUAAUAUCAAAACAAUAUGCUGGUUUAAUUUAUCAAUUACUUAAUAGAACAAUUCAUUUAACUGAUAUUGCACCACUAAUGAAUAUUCCUGUAUCACUUACUUUUGAUACAAUCUAUUUCGAAACUAUUAAUGAAUCUUUUAUGAUUUCUUAUCUUGAUAUGAUGACAAAAGAACAAAAUUCAUUAAUACCUUAUCAAUAUUAUAUUUUAGAAGGGAUAUGGUUAGGAUGGAUAAGAAAUCGAAUAUUUUCAGAUGUUCGAUAUAUUUCUAUGGAGAUUCUUCUUAAAAGCAAACAAUGGAAUAUGAAUGAUGUCCAAAAUCUUCUUCAAUCUUCAAUAAUUCCUCGAACAUCUCAAGGAUGGCUUUAUUGUGAACGACGACCAUUGAUUCUAACAAAAGAUAAGAUAUGUUUUCAACGAGCUGAUGGUAUUUCAGUUGAUAUGACUACUGGUGAAGUUUAUUUUCUUUUUCAACCGGCUUUGAAUCCAAAUGAUGGUUUAUUUGAUGAAAAAGAUGUUGCUGAAGUUCUUCAAAAUGAUUUAAGUGACACAUAUUUUUCAUUGGAUCAACCCGAUGGAGAUUUACUUUAUCAUCCAUUUCAAGAAAUGAAAUAUAAACCAAAAACAUUAUUAAAUACACGUUAUCUAGAAACGAUGUUGCACGCUGAUUAUCUACUGAAAAUGUUGACGACAGGCAUUGAAGUAUGUGCUAAGAUACCUUUUAUUACUCGUUCUAUCGACGAAGGAUUUUUUCAACGAUUACCAGAACAUCUACGACAAAAAUUACGUCCUUUGGAUGAAAUGCGAAAAGAUCAUAAGGAUAAAAAGCAUAGUACCCAUCGAUUUUGGAUUCAAGCAGAUGAUACAACUUAUGAAGUAAAGCAAGUUCAAAAUAAUUCAUAUCAAUUUUCUAUGAGAGUAGGGAAUGUUCGAUUACGUGUUCGGAAACGUCGAUUAAUUGCCAAUAAUAAAGGUAUAUUGAUUGAUGAUGAUGAUGAAAAUUUAGAUGAACAUGAUUCGUCAGAAAGUCAAUUUGCUCGAGCUUUUACGGAAAAUUAUGAUGAAAUUGGAAAAUAUUUUCCUGAACUUCUUCGAUUAAAAGAACUUGUUAAACUUGGAGUUAUACUCGAUUUUAUACGUGAUGCAUAUAAAAGACUAGCACGACCUAUUUCAAUAAAUUCAAUAUCAAGUUCACUGUCAGACUGGCAUCGUCGUAUUGAAUAUCCAUAUGCCACUCAUGCAAAAGUGUCCAUAGAAUAUCAACAUUGCUUAGCCAGAAAUAUGAUUAAUGCAAGUGAUGUGUCAUCAGCUGAAGAACAGAGAGUGAAAAGCAAAAUUCUUCGCCAUCUUGAAAAUAGAGAUCAGCAACUUGUUGGUGAAUAUACAGACAUCAUUUGUGAAGAGUGUCAUUCAAGUGAUAAAUAUACUGCUCGAUCAUACGUCAAACAAUGGCUUGAAAGCAAAGCAAAUGAUUCUCUGACUAAUUUUAUCGCUGACUCAAUGAAUAAUUAUAAUAAAAGGCUUCUGAAACCUAUUGAAAAAAUGAAGAUUAAACUGAAUAAUAAUGAAAUUGUACCAUCAACAGAGAUCAACGCAACUAAAUUUUGUCAUUGGGUUCCUGCAGUUUUUCAUACAACCAACAAUAUUUCACGUGUUUACGGUGGUUUACAAUUAUCUAUCAAUAUUCAUUCAGGUGUUGUACCACUUAUCCCUGGAGUAUGCCGAUAUAAUGCUCUUACACUUCUUCAAAACGUACCCAAGAAGAUCAUAAUUCCUGAAGUGAAACACCCAUCGACAAAAGAUUCCAACAAAACAUCAUCAUUGCUUAAAGAUACAAAUUCAAGUACAAAUAAUAUUUCUAACCGCAUGUAUCCACCAAAAUCUUCAGAAACACACGAUAAUACAACUAAACUUUCUGAAGCAAAGCAAACCUUCGAAAAAACUGAUUCAACGUCUACUUCCACUGAAAUGCCAAUUGAUUUCACCAAUUUCCAUCUAUUAGAAACUGUUAAGAGUUUAUUACGAGAUUAUAUUCCAGAAAGCCUACCAGAACCAUCUCCACUUAUACAAUAUCUUAAAGAAAAAUAUCCUGGUAAUAUUCUAAAUCAAGUUGAUACUAUUGAAAAUACUCAAUCUAAUGUACUCAUACAUACUGUACAAGAGAACUCAACAAUUAAAAAUAAUACACAAGUUGUUCAAGAAGUUGCUCCAAGUACGACCUUAACAACUUGUGAAAGAAUUACUCGAUUACGACAAUCGAAUGACUCAAGGCUAAGAAAAUACAAAGAAGAAUGGUUAGAACAACGUGGUAUAACAGAACAAUUAAAUCCAUUACUUAUUAAACAAAACAUCGAUGAUGAGACUGAAGAUAACAAUGACAAAAAUUGA